AGCGGCGCCAUUUUACUGUAGAAGAGCUGAAGCGCGCGGUGAGGGGGGAAAAAAAAAAAAAACAGCGACAUCGAAAGCUAUUAAGUAAUACAAUCCCAUCAUGCAUCGUGACUGCCCGCUGGACUGUAAGGUGUAUGUAGGGAAUCUCGGGAAUAAUGGGAAUAAAUCCGAGCUGGAGCGAGCCUUUGGAUAUUACGGUCCUCUGCGCAGCGUCUGGGUGGCCAGGAAUCCCCCCGGUUUCGCCUUCGUCGAGUUUGAGGACCCGAGGGACGCCACUGAUGCAGUGAGAGAGCUGGACGGCAGGACUCUGUGUGGGUGCCGUGUGAGAGUCGAACUAUCCAAUGGAGAGAAGCGCUCGCGCAAUCGAGGCCCGCCCCCUUCCUGGAGCCGACGACCACGUGAUGAUUACCGGCGCCGCAGCCCGCCUCCCAGGCGCAGAUCCCCCCGCAGGAGGAGCUUCAGCCGUAGCCGCAGCAGAUCUCUUUCUCGUGACCGCAGAAGGGAAAGAUCUCUUUCUCGUGACAGGAACCACAAACCUUCACGUUCUUUCUCCAGAUCCAGAAGUCGCUCUCGGUCGAAUGACAGGAAGUGAGACGGACCAGAGAUCCUCGAUUAUGGACGCCUCGUGUAAAGAUGAUCUUUUAAACUCCAGCGUAAUGGACUCUGACUCAGACACCCUUUCUUCAUUAGUCUUUUCUUUAUUUUCUGUAUUUUAUAAAGAGAUCAGAUGUUUUAGAGCGGUUAUGUUUCUCACUUUGUUGUGCGCAUGAGAGGGAGAGAGGGACGCAGAGCUCCAUUUCUCAGCUGUCACCAUUCCAUCGCCGAUCAUUUUUAAUAUCGUUUAGGUUUUUUUUGUGUAUGAUGUUCCCUGCUUGUGGUCAUGCAUGGUCAUGUGAAUGUAACCAUCAUUUCCUCCUACAUGUGAUUCUGCACAAGAGAUGUGAAGUGGACUUUCUUUCCCUUUUUUUUUUUUUUUGUUUGAUGGCGUUGGGAAUCCUCUCUGAAUUAGUCAUGAGCUUAAAACGGGAAACUGUACGGCACUAUGAAGAAAUGUUUUCCCCUCUUUUUUUUUUUUUUUUUAUUUCUUUGUAGUGUUUGUACGUUUGUA